AUCCCAUCCAUCGUCCAAUAAUCACCAGAUCUCACUCAUAUUUCUAUCACUAAUUUCUUUACUACUAGCUGUCUAGCUCCCCCAGAAUAAGGAGAGAAUAAAAUAGCAAUGCAUUUAUAAUGUCCUAUUAAAUAAAUGCUCCUAAAAUCAAGGCAAGUAUAUUUCAUAUUGGCAUAAAAAACAUUAUAUCAGUGUCGCUGCAACAAAUAAGCAAAUUGCGUUUUUUAGUUCUCUCUGGCAGCUCAAUAAAUGGGGUAUUUGCCCUACUAUGAACAUAAUAAAAAAGGCAGCGGAGACCAUGAUUUGCGGCCGAAAAAGUGCUUACAAGCAGGUGGCGGAAAAUGGCGUUGGUAGCAAACAGCUUUACAACGACGGUGGUGAGAACAAAGAAGGAGACACGUAUUGUGAGAAGAUGAUAAUAAAAGGGACAAUAGUUUUGAUGAAAAAGAAUGUUUUAGACAUGACUGAUGUCUCGGCUUCUAUUCUUGAUAAAAUCCAUGAACUUGGGGGUAAAGGCGUUUCUCUUCAGCUCAUUAGCGCAGAUCAGUCUAAUGAACCAGCAAGGAUUUCACGUGGAAAGUUGGGGAAGGCAUCUUACGUAGAGAAAUGGGUUUCAACCAUAACCCCACUAACUGCUGGAGAAACAACAUUCAAUAUAACAUUUGACUGGCAUGAAAGCAUGGAUGUGCCAGGUGCUUUUAUCAUAAAAAAUUAUCAUCGUAGUCAGUUUUACCUCAAAACUGUAACGCUAGAUGUUCCUGGACAUGGUGGAGUUCAUUUUGUCUGCAAUUCGUGGGUUUACCCAACCCAUCGUUACAGAUACAAUCGAGUCUUCUUCUCUAACAAGACAUACCUUCCUCAUCAGACACCAGAAGCAUUACGCAUAUAUAGGGAAGAAGAGCUUGUGAAUCUACGAGGUGAUGGAAAAGGUAUGCUCAAGGAAUGGGACAGGGUAUACGACUACGAUUAUUACAAUGACUUAGGAAUGCCUGACAAGGGAGAAGAGUAUGCCCGCCCUGUUCUUGGGGGAUCUACUGAGUACCCAUAUCCGCGCAGAGGGAAAACAGGUCGUAAACCAACAAAAGCUGAUCCAAACACAGAAAGCCGCUUGCCUCUUCUUAGUCUUGACAUAUAUGUACCACGAGAUGAGCGAUUUGGACAUAUCAAAUUUUCAGAUUUUCUGGCAUAUGCCAUGAAAUCCAUUGCCCAGAUAUUACUCCCUGAACUGAAAUCUAUAUGUGAUAAGACGCCUAAUGAGUUUGACUCAUUUGAAGAUGUCAUGAAGCUCUAUGAGGGAGGUAUCACGUUACCAGAUGGCGCACUCAAGAAACUUAAAGAUAGGAUCCCAUGGGAAAUGCUCAAGGAACUUUUUCGAACUGAUGGUGAACAAUUUCUCAAAUUCCCCAUGCCGGAUGUGAUCAAAGAGGAUAAGUCUGCAUGGAGAACUGACGAAGAGUUUGGACGCGAAAUGCUAGCAGGAGUGAAUCCUGUUCUCAUACGCCGUCUUGAAGAAUUUCCUCCAAAGAGCAAGCUGGACCCAAAAGUCUACGGCAACCAAAACAGUUCAAUAACCAGGGAGCAUAUAGAAAAGAACAUGGAUGGAUACUCUACGGAGAAAGCAAUCGAAAGCAACAGGCUGUAUAUAUUAGAUCAUCAUGACUCUUUAAUGCCAUACAUAACGCGGAUAAAUUCCACCCCCACAAAGACAUAUGCGACGAGGACAAUCCUAUUCCUGAAGCAUGAUGGAACACUUCAGCCAUUGGCAAUUGAACUCAGCCUACCUCAUCCUCAAGGUGACAACUAUGGAGCUGUCAGUCAAGUAUAUACGCCAGCCGAGGAGGGUGUUGAAGGCUCAGUGUGGCAAUUAGCUAAAGCUUAUGCCGCUGUUAAUGAUUCUGGAUAUCAUCAGCUCAUAAGUCAUUGGUUGAACACUCAUGCAGUGAUAGAACCAUUUAUCAUCGCAACCAAUAGACAGUUGAGUGUGCUACACCCAAUAUACAAGCUUUUGCAACCUCACUUCCGUGACACAAUGAACAUUAAUGGCUUAGCUAGGCAAAUCCUCAUCAAUGCUGGUGGGGUAUUGGAAAGAACAGUUUUCCCAGCAAGGUUUGCAAUGGAGAUGUCAUCAUUUGUAUACAAGAAUUGGGUUCUCACUGACCAUGCUCUCCCCGUCGAUCUUCUCAAGAGAGGCAUGGCAAUUGAGGAUUCCAACUACCCCCACGGCCUGAGGCUUCUGAUUGAGGAUUACCCGUUUGCAGUUGAUGGGCUUGAAAUUUGGUUCGCAAUUGAGGCAUGGGUUGGUGAUUAUUGCUCUUUCUACUACCCCAAUGACAAUCUAGUAGAAGAAGAUCCUGAACUUCAAUCAUGGUGGAAGGAGAUACGCUAUGUGGGCCAUGGUGAUAAGAAAGAUGAAUCAUGGUGGCCUGAAAUGAAAACUAGGCAUGAUCUUACAAGGACAUGCACCAUCAUCAUAUGGGUGGCAUCGGCCCUCCAUGCUGCUGUCAAUUUCGGGCAGUAUCCUUAUGCAGGAUACCUGCCAAACCGCCCUACCAUAAGCAGGCGGUUCAUGCCUCAGCCUGGCACUUCAGAAUAUGCCGAGCUCGAGUCUGAUCCUGAGAAAGGCUACCUGAAAACAAUAACAGCUCAAUUCCAGACACUCCUAGGUGUAUCUUUGAUUGAAAUGUUGUCGCGUCACUCAACAGAUGAAGUUUACCUUGGGCAGAGGGAUACGUCCGAGUGGACUUCAGAUUCGGAACCACUAGCUGCUUUCCACAGAUUUCAGUAGAGGCUACUGGGUAUAGAAAAAAAUAUUACAGAAAGGAACAGUGAUAAGAGAUUGCAAAAUCGAAAUGGGCCAGUUAAGAUUCCAUAUACGUUGCUGUAUCCAAACUCAUCAGAUUACUCAAGAGUUGGGGGAAUUGCAGGCAAGGGAAUACCGAAUAGCAUCUCAAUGUGAAGUGUAAUUAAUUAGGGAAUUUCAGUUUGGGGUGUUAAGCUGUAAAUCAUCAGUCUUAUUGUGUGAUACUAAAGGGUGAUGUUAUAUAAGAUGUAUGUAUAACUUAUAUUAAUCCUAGUCAGCACAUUCUGUUAUAAGUUUGUUAUUCCUACAACAAACUAUUGUAUAAAUAGAUAAUUUGAUCAACUGUAAACAUUUGAUUCAGUUUUACAGAUUAAUAAACACUUCUUCUCUUCCUUCUCUCUAUUUUCUUGUUCUUGCUGAUAUCUCAGCU